AUAUUUAAUGUCAAACUCUCCAAAAUUGAAUAAUUGGUAACAAGUAGAUUAAAAAAGCCAUCUUCGAAAGCAAAGCAAGCUUAGUGAAGAAGCAUAAAAAAAUUUAGAAAAGAUUGCACGUAAUAAUCACCGGAUUGCUUAACUUCGCUCUGUCCCUAUUUCGUUCACUUCCAAACUAACUUGCUUUCAAAAGUGUCGUUUAAUAUCAAAAUUAUAUUGUUUAGUUAACUUUAAAUGAAAAAAAACUUACCCACAUGCGCUUUUGGCGUUUGAUUAAGGUUUAAAAUUAAAAAUUUUUCGCUAAGAGUACUGAACUGUGUUAUCAUUGUCAAUUUGUUUUCUAAAUAUAUGCAUAUACACUGAGCAAAUGCAUAAGUAUACAACUUAUUAAAUAAUUUUAAUUCGUUUCGUUUGCCUUAAGAAGAAAAUUGGCUCACAAAUCGUAUGCAGCUAUAUGAAUGUUAAGUGUAAAAAAUAAUUAUGGCUCAGAAAUUCCAACGGGUUCAAUGUUAUUCAAACUUUAUUAAAUAGUAGUGAACACAUAGCAUAGAAGUGAACACAAAAUGAAAAAUGGAACAAUUAAAAAUAAAAUACGGACUUCUACGAGCAUGCACAGGAGGGACCGACACGCAAUUAAUGAAUAGACGGAAACUUGAGCAAAUUUUCAACUAAGCAAUAAGACACGGCAGUAAUGGAGCUGCAUAGAAAAUUAGUUCAACAUUAGCGAAAAUUUAUAACAUUUUAUAAAGAAUUAAUUUCAAUCACCAACAAUGACGUAAUAAUUAGUGCGAUACAUGCAUGCACAAAAAAUAGUGAAGAUGCUUUCGGAUAUGGAAAAUUAAGAUUGCGAAAGCACUUAAAGAAAGCACGACGCAGGAACGUACAACUGUUAAAGGCUUGUGGUUGCAAUAUUGAAAAUUUCAAUUAAUAUGCGUCAAAUUCUAAGCUAAUUGCAUGCAAAAAUAGCGACAUAAAUCACGCUACAAAUUCGCUAUUACAACGAACGUACAAAACCGAAAAAAGCACCUCUCGUAUACCGGAGAUGCCUCAUCGUACCAGCAACACAACAAAGAAUAGACAUGAUAAUGGUAACCGAUGUUAAUCUCUUCAAGUCAAACAAUGAUUUCGAACUGAAAACCAUUUCGUCUGGUUCAUAUAGCAGUAGUUAUAACAACAAUGACUUGAACGGCUUAAUUAGACCAGCUCGGCCGCAAUGCCGAUCAUCAUCACCAUCCACAGGUGCGAAGGAUUUUACUGGCUGCUGUGCUAUAUUAAGCUGUUUAUUCUAUACUAGCCAUAUUCGUAGCAAGACCGCUUCUUGUAACUAUGAUUUCAACAACUUUAACGACGAUGUGAUGGUAAAUUAUAAUAGUACGUCGCAAACGUCUCAGGUGUUUGUAGCAUGUAAAACACCACGUCGUCGUACUCCGCAAGAAAUUUAUUUUGAAAGUCGGGGCAAGUCCUGUAAGAAGUUGUUAAAAUUCAAUGGCAAUUGCAACAAGAUUCUACUUUAUCCGGAAGAGGGUUGGGCUCGCACGGCCUCCUCUUCCUAUUGGACUAUAACGCUAAGUUGGUGGCAGCCAAAUCGUUGUCGCAUCGAAGAGUUCGCCGGCACACAGCGGAAGCUUACUAAAGCAAAAAUGGUAGCUCUUGAACAAAAAGGCUCAUUACUGAUAGCUGGUCACUUUCAUGAGAACAGCAAGCAUCGCCUUAAUGCCUCACACAAAGUCAACGAUGAAUUCAGAUUGUAUUUGACUUCAAAUGUUUCAAAGGAAGACUACAACAUGGGAUACUGUUUAACAGGAUUCGUGGAGAGACGUUGCCAGGAAACGAACGCAUUUCAAAUGACGCAUUUCGCUGUUAUUAAACGCCAAUGGCCAUCACUAAACCAAGAAAAAACUAACAAUAACGUUUGCGCUAAUAAUAGUUUUUGUGGAAUGGCGACCGCCAGUAACAUGGCUGUUGACGAUGGAAAAGCAGAGUCGGCGUAGUUUUGAUUUGCUUACGCUUUCCUUUCUUUAUAACAUAGAAAAUUAAAAAACAGUUUUUUGUGGAUCUUACUUAAACAUUGCAUUUGUAAUCGUUUAAAUGAAACAAGAAAGAGAAAGGAGAAGAGAAGAGAUAUUUGUACACUCCAACUGAGCGUAAGAUAUUUGUUAAGAAGAUAUUAAGUUUCAUUUAACAGAAAAAUCAGCGGAGGAAUGUACGUUACUGUAAUCCUCAGGAGAAAUUAAUAACAAUUUGCUUUGUUUCUAUUACUAGGUUAUUUAUUAACAAUGAAACUAUAAAUGCAAUCAAGAUAUACAAUUAAACUAACCAAAAAUUUUCAAACGCCUCGAUGUAAUUGGUGAACACAAAAAGAGGCCAAUUUUCAUUUCUCACGUACAUUAGGCGCUAUCUAUAUUUCAAGACUAAUUAUCAAAAAACAAUAACUUUUUAUUCAAAAUUGUUCUAUUGUUUUUCAAAAAAUUCUCCAUUAUAAUUUAUAAGCAAUGCAUUCAUUGAAAGCAUUUGUCGUAGCAUUUUUUCCACUUCGCUUACGACGCUGCAAAACCACUGGUUUUAAGCGCAUCAACGACAAAGAAACCGUUAGACACUAAAUAUGGAUGACUUACAAAUUCGACCAAUGUUUUUUUAAAGAGUCGGUUGUUCGAAAAAAUGUUUAAGAUGUUGCAAUAUCUGGAAGAACGACAAUCCGACGGCGUUUUCAUUAUUUCACCAAACCAUUAUUUAUUUCAAAUUACUUCCAGCGGAAAAAUUUUGGUUGAAUUUGAUUAACCUUGAAACAUAAAACGUAGAGUUGAUCGGCUCAUUCGCAUAGAUACAUAAUUCGUCACAUGCAAUGCGCUUUCUCAACACAGCCACAUAAUUUUUUAAGCAUUUGCUUGGGCGAUUAUUGUAGGUAAGCGAACGGCGGUCAGAAUUUAACUCGUUAUAUCAGAUUUUCUUAAUGCAAAGAAUGGUUCUUCAAUGCCGAAUGUGAAAGUAAAUUGAUCGGUGCACCCUUAUAUUGGUAGUAUACUUCAAAAAUAGUAAAAAAUCAUCAAACGAAAAUAAUCACGAGCUAAUUCCAAUUUUUCGCUUAAGCAAAACUUUCAAGUCACACCAAAUGACACAAAUUGCAUUUAAAUCACAAAAUCUUCUUAGAAAGGUUAUGGUGAAAAAUGUUAAAUUUUCUAGUGGAAGCUUGAAAUGACACCUAACAACACGUAGCGUUGCCAAGGCAAGGGGUCUAAAGACUAGACUUAUGCGAUCCAAAAAUCCUACGGUUAAUUUUUAUGCCAAAUUGCUACUAUGUACCAGCUUUCAUCAAAUUUUACAAAUUUUUCCCAACGGGCUUACUGUUCACAAAAAUCCUUCUAUGGGGUGGUUCAAAGGUUUAAAAUUUGAUUCAGUUUGUUUUUAUAUACAAUAACUAUUAUAGAUCAAUUUUCGUCAUGAAAUAUUAAAGAUAAGAUUAUUUUACCCGUGGACCCAGUCUUCUUAAGAGCGCAGGGGAAGACAUUAAUUUACAACAGCGAAAUGCUGCUAUUAAACUGUUUUUCUGAGGCAAAUAUGGGGAGUGGUUCUGUCCAACCCAGUUUCAACAGCAUUUGUGCUUCGAUAUGAACACCCCUAUGUCCUAAAUUAAAACCACAAAAAAAAUUGCAGCUUGUACGUUGAGCACGAGAAUACGAACACAGCUACCAGACAGACAGACGAACAAACAUGCAUAAAGUUAUCCAGAUAAUGAUCCAGAAUCGACCGGUACAAUGGAUAGUUUGUGUCUUCUGAUCCGUUCCGUGUGUUACCGCAAGCGGUGCGGGGCAUAAACCCUGAUAAUUACCAUUAAUCUCUGAAAUAUAGCCACAAAAUUGCGGAUAUAAAUUAGAUACAAACUUUUCCACAAUUCUCCGCAGCAGAAGCAUAGAUACUAGAAAAUCAGCCCUAGAGGUUGGCCUUUUCAUCGAAUUUAAUUUUAAACGUAGAUGUUAGAAACAUGUUGCAUACGCCACGUGAAUUUGUGAUAGUUGAGUAAGAUAAAGCGAUGAUUGCUACCCCGAAAAGAACAAAAAGCUAGUAAAAUGCGAUAUAUAUGAACUCAAAGUUUCAACGCCUUAACUUGCAGAAGCGAGUAUUUAUUGUAGUUGUGGAGGAAGCCCUGUAAAGAAGUUGUUAAGUUUUGAAUA